CUGGUGCAGCCUGACAAGGAAUAAUUUAAUUAAAUUCAUCGUCAUGUAAUAUUUUCAAGUUUAUACGUGUUAUUUUAUUCAUUUGUGUUUCUCUUGGGCGCCUUGAUCAUGGAUCGCGUUUACAGAGUUUUCCUGUGUUUUCAUAUCGUAUUUUCCCUGUUAAGUACUCGACUCGAGUCUUCAAACAUACCUGUAGGUCAUCUACAGCCUUUAGGAUCACAUCGUCCGGCUGAGACAGAUCUCGUAGAUGAAACAAACGAAUGGCCAAGUCCAGAGGAGUUCUGGAAUAGAUAUGUUAAGCCCUCAAGGCCUUUGAUUUUACGUGGAGCCGCGAAAUACUCUAGAGCAUUCACUGAAUGGACGGACGAAUUUCUGUCAACAAAGUAUGGCGAUCUUGAAGUACGACUUGAAGGAAAGAAAGAAAAAAGCAGUGCUAUACCUAUAGGAGCUAAAGGAAUAGGACGGGAUACUAUAGGUAAUUUUGUCAAAAAUUACCACAAUAAUGGGUCCAGGGCAUAUAUUGUGUCAGAGCUCCCAUCACCAUUGUACAAGUAUGUUAGCGUUAUACCCCCACUUACCUGUGGAACUUUCAAGGACCGUCUUGUUGAAGUUGAUAUUUGGAUGAGUGGUGGAGGUACUGCAAGUAUACUACAUAAGGAUGCUUUUAAUGCAAUUAACUGUCUGUACAAUGGAACAAAACAAUGGAAAAUGAUUGAAUACAAGUAUGAAGAUAAGAUCUAUAAGGCAUGGGAACCUCCACAGAUGAUCGGCGGGUACUCAAAGAUUAAUGUAAAUAAGGUAGACCUACUAAAGAACCCUUUGGUAUCAGAGGUACCAUGGUCUAACUUGACAAUCUAUGCUGGUGACUGUCUCUUUCUUCCUAAAAGUUAUUAUCACCAGGUGUCAUCCUUUGGAAGUCACAAUCUAGCAGUAGCCUUGUUAUUCUCACGUUUUGACCAUGUUGAUGACCUGGACUUCAGUGAUUGUAACAAAACUCUUCACCCUACCCCCCUUAGUGAGAUGGAUAUUGACUGGAAGUACACAGGACAUGGUAAUCUGUCGAUGGGUAAUACAGAUGUAGAAACUGUAAGAGAGGCUAUCAAGUUAUUUUUUGGUGACAAGAAAACAUUAACAAGAGAAGAGGCCUUGGAGAUGGGAAAAAUGCCAUUAUCACCUGUUGAAAAGGAAAAGAAGCUGUAUUAUGUGGAAUUUAUUAGGGAUAAUGCAGAAUGGUGGUUUGAUCAACUGCAAGAAAAAGGUAUCAUGGCCCUCAAAAAAGUUGUCAGUUUGACACGUGAUGAGAUGCGCAAGCUAACCUUGGCCUCAGAAGGGACUGAUAUUACCAACACAGAAGAAUAUGAGUAUGGAUAUGUUGGGAUAGAAACUAUCAGAGCAAUACUCGAUGAUCUUGUGCAAAAAGACGUCCAAAUAGAAAGAAGUGCUUUUAUUGAUCGUUACACCAAGGAUGCGGAUGGGACAGAGAAGUUUGCAACUGAGUUUUUCAAUAAAUUGGACAGUGACGCAGAUGGUCUCGUGUCCCAGGAAGAGCUUAAAGGAAACAUAAAAGUAGCUUUGGAACCGUACAUAAAGUGGUCCUCUUUGCCGAUAGAUGAGCAAGAAGGGUACGACGAGAAAGAUAAAGACAACCAAGUUAGUGAAAAUGAAAAUGAAGUUGGACAAGAUACCACAAAGCAUGAAGAACUUUAGAAACUUGCAUUUUUAUUCAGUUGGCUUCGUUUCUUCAAGAGCGCACUAAAUGUAACACGACUUUGAGUUUACUGUGUGGCAAGUUUAAUCUUGCUCAAUCUUCUUGCAAUCGUAACUUUUAAACUCCUUAUAUUAAAAAAAAAUUAGCGAAAUA